AAAUGGAGCCUCAAACUAUCAUGUCUUGGGGGUUUUGGUCAUUAUCAAGAAGCAUUUUGGUUCUCUUUCUAGUUUUAGUUGCCAUGAAUUUGUCAGCAAAAAGUAAUGCUUCAGCAGUUGAUGGAUUUCGAAAUGACACCGAUCGACUUGCUCUGCUUGAAUUCAAACAUCAGAUACUUGAUGAUCCGCAUGGAGUGCUGAGCUCCUGGAAUCAUUCUGAGCACCAUUGCCAAUGGCAAGGCAUCACAUGUGAUACUCGACAUCAGAGAGUCACAGCCUUAACAUUGGCUGGCAAGAGCCUGUCUGGAACCUUCUCUCCACAUAUAGGAAAUCUCAGCUUCAUGAAGUCUAUCCAGCUCGGGGCAAAUCUGUUCCAUGGUGAGAUUCCACAAGAAAUCGGUCGCCUGUUCCGGCUAAGAUUUCUCAAUUUGUCAGGAAACACCUUCAGUGGAGAAAUCCCUGUUAAUCUGAGCCAUUGCUCACAGAUAACAACCAUUAGUCUAUCCAGGAACAGAUUACAAGGGAAAAUUCCUGUUGAGCUAGGCAAUCUGAAGAAGCUUGAAAGUCUUUAUCUUUCAACUAACUAUUUGACAGGAGAAAUCCCUUCAUCCAUUGGGAAUCUGUCAUCAUUGAUAUCACUCUACCUUGUAUUCAACAAUUUGGAAGGGUUUCUGCCAAAGGAAAUCGGCUCGCUAACAAGAUUGUCUGAGUUAGUUGCUACUACAAACCAACUAUCAGGUACGGUACCUGAUUCCAUCUACAACAUCUCUACGAUGACUAACUUUUUACUAGGAGGCAAUUUCUUUCAUGGAAGCAUUCCAACCUACAUUGGUCUCACUUUCAAAAAUCUGCAAACACUGUCUCUUGGGAAAAACAAUUUCUUUGGUCGUAUUCCAGUUUCGAUCACCAAUAUUUCUGGGCUCAAUGCACUUGAUCUUUCAGACAAUAAAUUUGAAGGACAAGUUCCAAUUAAUAUUGGAGAUCUAUCGAAUCUUCAAUUCUUCAAUCUUGGAGGGAAUAUCUUGGGAAGUAAUUCCACGAGGGAUUUGAUUUUCAUUUCAUCAUUAACAAAUAACAGUAAUCUAAGGACUUUUGCCAUUGACGGUAAUAAUUUUGGAGGCACAAUACCUAAGGUCCUGACAAACCUUUCAUAUCAACUCACUGGAUUAGGCAUGGGGGCAAAUCAAUUAUCAGGAACUAUCCCUGAAGGAUUUGGAAAUUUCUUCAAUCUGUAUGCUUUUGAUAUGUCAUCCAACCAUCUUUCAGGUGAAAUCCCAAGUGAUUUCAGUAAAUUUAAGAACUUGCAAUUUUUGGGUCUAAAUCAAAAUAGGUUGUCAGGGGAAAUAUUGUAUAACCUGUGCAAUGUAACCACUCUAUUCCAUCUGGAUUUAUCAAGUAACCUGUUUGAAGGCCACAAUAUAGUUGGAAAUAUCCUUAUGAACUGUCAAAACUUGCAAGAGCUGGACAUAUCUCAAAAUAAACUCAGUGGUGUUAUACCACCACUUUUUUUUGAGAUGCACGCCUCACUAGUAUAUAUAAACAUGGGGAAUAACACAUUCAAUGGAUCUCUACCUCUUGAAGUAGGGAAGCUGAUCCACUUGGUUGUUUUCAACAUUUCCUACAAUAUGUUUUCUGGGGAAAUACCUACCUCACUUGCUGAUUGCUUAGACUUGGAGCAUCUCCGUAUGGAAGCCAACUUUUUCCAUGGAAUGAUACCAUCCAAAUUGCCUUCUUUAACGGGCAUCCAAGAAAUAGAUCUGUCAAGUAACAGCCUGACUGGACAAAUACCAAGAGACCUAGGAAAACUUCAAUCACUGAAGUACCUGAAUCUGUCCUAUAAUGACCUUGUAGGCGAGAUUCCCACUUCUGGAAUUUUUGCAAAUGCAAGCCAGGUAACGUUGAUUGGCAACCACAAACUUUGCGGAGGCAUUCCCGAAUUAGCUUUACCAACUUGCCCCAUGAUCAAGCCAAAGAACAAUAAGAAGUCUAAGGUCAUUGUAGUGUUGUCAACGGUUCUACCAGUAAUGGUUUUGGCUAUUGGUACAAUUUUUCUGUAUUACGCGGUACACCAGAGAAGAGAUAGAAGGAAGAAAGAUUCAUCUACCAUGCACACGGGAGGUGAAAAGCUCUUAAGAGUUUCUUAUUUUGAGCUCAAGCAUGCAACUGCAGAAUUUUCUGCUGAUAACUUAGUUGGAUCAGGAAGUUUUGGCGUUGUUUACAAAGGCAGGCUAGAUCAACAUGCAAACAGGGUCGUUGCUGUUAAAGUUCUUGACGUCCAAAGAAAUGGGGCUUCCAAAAGCUUUAAGGCUGAGUGUAGAGUAUUAAGGAACAUUCGCCAUAGAAAUCUAGUUUCAAUCUUGACUUACUGCUCCAGCAUAGAUUCCAAGGGUCACGAAUUCAAGGCUGUAGUGUACGAAUUCAUGGAAAAUGGAAGCCUUGACAUGUGGUUGCAUCCAGAGUCUGCUGAAAGAAUGAAAUCAAGAAAUCUAAACUUUCAUCAAAGGUUAAGUAUUGCAUUGGAGGUGGCUUCUGCCUUGGAUUAUCUUCACAACCACUCUGAGGUAGCAAUUGUUCAUUGUGACCUUAAACCAAGCAACAUUCUUCUGGACAAGGACCUUGUUGCUCAUGUGGGCGAUUUUGGAUUAGCAAGGCUUCUACCUAGAAACACUGUAAGUUCUUCCCAAGAGGGAACUAGCAGUUCUGUUGUACUAAAAGGAACCAUUGGGUAUGCAGCUCCAGAGUAUGGGUUGGGGCUGGAGGCAUCAACUCAAGGGGAUGUAUACAGUUAUGGCAUGCUUUUGCUAGAGAUGUUCACGGGAAGGAGACCAACGGAUGCUGCAUUUGUCGAUGACUUGGACUUGCAUAACUGUGUUAAGAUGGCUUUGCCUGAACAAGUUUGGAAGAUCGUGGACCCUUCACUCCUUCCGGAAGAAGUAGAACAAAACAGACAAGUAUAUCAGGUUGAUGCAGAGGAUGAGGAUGUACGUUUGUCAGGUGAUAUAAACAAGGUGCAAAAAUGCCUUGUUUCGAUCUUUCAAGUUGGACUGGGAUGUUCCCAAAAAUCAUCCAAAGAUCGCACGGACAUGAAACAAGUCACAAGAGAAUUACAUCUCAUCAGAGAUGCCUUUCAAAGAUGUUAAUUAGAUACCAGCAGGCAGUGGAGCUUUUGAAGUAUUUCUAUUGCAAUAAAAACUUGGAUAAUAUAUAUGCAUUAGUACAGUUUGAAAUGCAUAAAAUGCAUCAAUGUUUUGAUCA